AUGGCACUUUCCGCUAUCGAACCUCUGCGACGUACCAUAAUUUCGGUGAAACCGGACACCAAGUACUACAGCAAAGCACAGGCGCCCCGAAAGUACCAAGACUUCCACUUCCUUACCCGGCGCAUGUGCACGCCGGAAUCCCGCCUUAUCGGAGUUGAUAAGAGCCAGCGCUCCCCACUCCGAGCGAUCGGCCUCGCCUUCGUCUCGCUGGAUUUUCCUCGUCGGCCGGGAAGAUGGUUUGGACGUCGGGCGCCAGAUCCGGCGACGAGCUGGAGCAUCCGGAAGCGGAAGGUAAACGUUUGUCGCCGGAAGAUCGUCGCUUCGUCGUCGCGAACGGAAAAUGUAUUUAGAAAAUGUGGCUUAGGUAUUGUAGUGGCAGGGAGAUGCCAUAGCUGCCGCGAAGACAUCACGGACGUCUGCUACAAGUGCGUGGAGUGCGUGGACUACAUGAUCUGCUCCACGUGCGAGGCGGACGGGAUCGUCCACACGGGGCACAACAUCAUCCGGGUCACCACGGCCAUGGCUCGCCUCUACCAUCAUGUGUCAGGAGACGUCCACGCCGACAUCCGUUGCUUCUCCUGCCGCGGCCCGGUGCGCGGAAGCCGCUACAAGUGCCUGGAGUGCAGGGACCUGGACCUCUGCGCCUCGUGCGAGGCCAGGGGGAAGGAGCACUCCCAUCACCUCUUCAUUCGGCUCCCGUCUCGCAUCCCGGUCGUCCCGCUCACGCCGGACCUGGAUGGCGCUGCAGGCGAGUCUGCUCCGCUCGUUUCAGGGCUUCCCGGAGGGGGGGGGGGAACCGAGGCCGACUUCAAUAAAGAACCGCACCCCGGCAUCUGGUGCGCCUCCUGCGGCGAAAUAGUGAAAGGGAGACGAUUCCAGUGCCUCGCCUGCCCCGGCUUCGACCUCUGCAGCCGAUGCGAGAAGUCGGUGGAGCCGCACCUCGUCCACCCCAUGAUCCGCUUCUCCAGGCCCGGCGCCUUCACGCUCAGGCCAACCACGAUCCUCAACGAAGGCCUGCAUCGAGGCGUGAACUGCAACGAAUGCGGCCAGAGCGUGACGGGCUACCGCUACAAAUGCCUCAAGUGCCAGGACUACGACCUCUGCAUGAAAUGCGAAGCCGCUUCCAAGCACCUUCACCAUCGCCUGGCCAGGAUACCUCCCAUACCCACAACCGAAAGACCUACCCCUUACACGGAGACCCGCCAAAGCGAGCGCCCCAUCGGUGAGGCGCAGAGAGACUCCAUCUCCCCUUCUGCCUCCACCUCGGAGCAGGAGCUGCACCAGCAGCUGAAGCAGCGACUGUCGGACCUUCACGCCGCGAAGAAACAGGCGAUCGCCGCUUCGACCGAGAUGGCGCGGAAGGAGCACGAGCAGAGGAUGGCGAUCCUCGCCGAGAUCCGCGCUCGCAUCGGCGGUACGCCGGUGGUGGAGAGCAAGUGAACGGCAUCGACUGGAGAAUUCAUCAUCGAACGAAAUCCCUUGCGUCGGGCGAGUCGCGAAUUUAUCGCGAAUCUGCUAUGUCCAGUUACGCGAGGACUGAAUUUUUGUCUGCACAAAAAGCAACGAAAUUGCAGCAUACAGGAGAA